CGAGUCACGUGACCGGCGGGGGGAGGGUUUAAAGAUGACUGGAAGCCAUCUUGGCCGUUCGCUGUAGAGCCCCAAAAUAUCACACAGGCCUAACUCUUAACACUUCGGAAACAAUAAAUAGCGAGUGGCGUGGAAUUUCAGCUCUAUUUGGUUGAAAACUUUGAGUCAUCGAUUAUGAAAAUUGAGAGAAAGAAGAGUGGAUGCAAAGAAAUAAAAUAACUAGAUGUCUGGCUGCUUAGCCUCUCUCUGGUUUGUGAGACUAUAAUUUUGAGAAACUGGGAUAUUUCUCAAGAGACUUUCAGUUAAUUUCCUACUUUCAGAAUUUGUGGAUAAUUACUUGGGUGAUUUUUUGCAUUGAGAUGUUUUACAAAAGACAUAUAUUCUUGAGGAACAAGUUGUGAAAUAUAACUGCUUGAACUUUGGUUUGGACUGUGGUAAGGACAUCUUAAAUUCAGCGAAAGCUUAUACGUCCCAGUUUCUUCAGUCACUUUUUUUUGGAAGAAAGAUUUAAACAGACAUGAGUACAGCCAGAACAGAGAACCCAGUUAUUCUGGGCUUGACGAACCAAAAUGGCCAGAAGAGAGGCUCUGCGAAGCCGACGGGGGGACCUGGUGGUGGUGGUGGUGGCGGGGGACCUCAGACAACACAGCCCGCCCAGAUUAAAGCUUCCAGCACAGUCAACAAUGGCAACUCCCUGCCUGUGCCCACAGCAAACACGGUCAUCAAACCUGGGGAUGACUGGAAAAAGAAUUUAAAGCUUCCCCCAAAGGACAUGCGCAUGAAAACUUCUGAUGUAACUGCUACCAAAGGGAAUGAAUUUGAAGAUUACUGCCUGAAGCGGGAGUUGUUAAUGGGCAUAUUUGAAAUGGGCUGGGAAAAACCAUCACCUAUCCAGGAGGAGAGCAUUCCCAUUGCUUUGUCUGGCAGGGACAUUCUGGCUAGAGCCAAGAAUGGCACAGGAAAGAGUGGUGCCUACCUCAUUCCCUUACUUGAACGUAUUGAUCUGAAGAAAGACUGCAUACAAGCACUGGUCAUUGUCCCCACCAGGGAACUGGCUCUGCAGGUGAGCCAGAUCUGCAUCCAGGUCAGCAAACACAUGGGUGGGGUUAAGGUCAUGGCAACCACAGGUGGAACCAACCUCCGUGAUGAUAUUAUGCGGCUUGAUGAGACCGUGCACGUUGUUAUCGCCACUCCUGGAAGAGUGUUGGAUCUCAUCAAAAAAGGAGUAGCCAAAGUUGGCCAGGUGCAGAUGAUCGUGUUGGACGAAGCAGACAAGCUCCUGUCUCAGGACUUCGUGCAGAUGAUGGAGGAAAUUCUGAGCUUCUUGCCCAAGCAAAGGCAAAUUCUGCUGUAUUCUGCAACUUUCCCACUAAGUGUACAAAAGUUCAUGAAUGCCCAUCUGCAGAAGCCUUAUGAGAUAAACCUUAUGGAGGAGCUGACCCUGAAGGGUGUGACCCAAUAUUACGCAUACGUGACUGAAAGGCAGAAAGUCCAUUGCCUUAAUACUCUUUUCUCUAGGCUCCAGAUCAAUCAGUCUAUAAUCUUCUGCAACUCGUCCCAGCGAGUGGAACUCCUGGCCAAGAAAAUCUCCCAGCUGGGUUAUUCCUGUUUCUACAUUCAUGCCAAGAUGAGACAGGAACACAGGAACCGUGUGUUCCAUGAUUUCAGAAAUGGUUUGUGCCGAAAUCUUGUCUGCACAGAUUUGUUUACGAGAGGGAUUGACAUUCAGGCUGUGAAUGUGGUGAUCAACUUUGAUUUUCCCAAACUUGGGGAGACGUAUCUUCAUCGUAUUGGCAGAUCUGGUCGUUUUGGGCACCUGGGUCUGGCUAUUAACCUGAUCACCUAUGAUGACCGCUUUAACCUGAAAGGCAUUGAAGAGCAGCUGGGCACAGAGAUCAAGCCCAUUCCUAGCAGCAUCGAUAAGAGUCUGUAUGUGGCAGAGUAUCACAGUGAGAGCGCUGAGGAGGUCAAACUGUGAGCAAGAGAGAUCACCAAGCCCCCAGCCACUACCCCCUUACUCUUUCUUUUUAUUUCUCUACAUUUUUGUCCCUUCUCUUUAUUUUUUUUUUGUCUUCCUUUUUUGUGCCACCAUGAGGAAUUUCUUUGAAACAGGACAAUAACGGAGGAAAAAUGUCAUGGCCCUUAAAAGGACUGCUGCGUCAUUUAACAUUCUGAAGAUUCUAAAGCACUUGAGAGAGAAGGGUAGAAGAGGAUGAUGGAAGCUAAUUAUCCUAUUUAUUAAUUGAGAAAAUGCGACUACUUUUCACCUACCUGAACAUCACCCACUGGCCCUCAGACCCAGCUUUUUCCAUCCAGCACCUCUUUAUUUUCAUGUUAUUUGGUUAUUUGUAUGAAGUGCCUUAACAAGCAGUCGAACUUUGUUCAAAGUAAUAAUGUUUUUCCCAGAUCUUGCCCUUCUCAUGUCACCUGCUGUUACCCUUUAUUUACUUUUAAUUUCUACUUGGUUUUCAGAAGCAAUCAUUACACAUCCCCUGGUGCUUUUUGGAAUUUUUUUUUUUGUUUUUUUUUUUAUUGUUUGUUUUGGAGGAAUAGACCAAGUAGAUUUUGUGGAGGGAAAGGGCUGCCUCCAUAAUGUAUGGAAGGUGUGCAAAAGCGGCCUUUCCUCUCAAUCUGGGUAUUGAUUAUGAUUUUGGUGAUGAAAGCGGGACUUGAUGUUUUCUCAGCAUUUUUCAUGUACCCCUAAAAUGGCUCAAGUGGCGUUCUCAUUUGUUGUCAUGGAACAUGUGCUUCUUAGAGACUGACUCUCUCCCUUUUUCUUCAGUGCUCCAAAACGACAAGAGACUUGCUCAGAGACUCCAGCCAGCCUUUUCCUCCUGCUGUGAUUCCUCUGCCUGAUCAAUGUGGAAAUAUUGGAACUUUUUUUCCCCCCCUCCUUCCCAUUAUUGUUCCAUUGCAGUUCUCAUUCGUUUUGGGUGGCUACACAUUGUCGUAGAUGUGCCAUUGAAAUCAAUUUUGGCACAAUGUAAACUUUGUAAAUACUUUCAUUUCAUUUUUAAUGGAUCUUUUAUAAAACAAGCUAAAAGGCUGGAGGGUUAUGUAAGAAACAUCAAAGAUGCAGGAUUCUGUCAGCACUGGAUGGCAUCUCCUUCCUUUUCCUGCUUCUGUCAAGCUGUCACCUUUUCGGUGAUUUAAAAAAAGGCUUAAAACUUGAAGUGAUGUCAGAUCUUUUGUUUAUAAAAAAUUGGACUCCAGAUUUAUUUAUUUUUUUGAAGCAUUGGCCAGGUUUAUUUACUGUGCACAAAAUGUCCCGAACAGUUCAAAGCAUUUUUAGUUAAACCUCUACCAGUGGUGUUAUGGGCACCUCAUCUUGAUGUUAGUAGCUUAACUAGAUUAUCUGCUCUCCAGCCUUUGCUUGUUCCACUGACUUACAAAGCACUCGUUGGGUCCCUGUUCAUGGUGACUCGCAUAUGAGAGAAAAUAUUUGCAUCAUGUAGUAAUGCUUGUUGCUGCAGUGCAGCUUUAAUUGGCAAUCUAUGGGGUGGGUGGGGUCAGCUUGCUAAUGGUAUAUGAUACUGUUACACUGAUCAUUGUUCACUGCCAUUGGCACUGGUACAUGAUGCUUUCAGAUGGAGAAAAAAGAUGUGCUUUGGGGGGGGAGGGGGGAGUCUGCCAUUCAGAAGUCAGAACAAAUGCAGACAGUCCAAAAAAUGGGAAUUGACAAAUGUAGCUCUCAAGGAAACAGGUCUUGUGUUCUGUUUUUUUCUGUUUUUUUUUUUUUUUUUAAUCCAAUUUUCUCAAAAACUACAGAGCUAAAAAAAGAAACCUUUACCUAUCUGUCCUGCACUAAAGUUGCAACUUGUGUUUGGGGACUGGGCAAUAAGACUGACUGCACAAUAGCCCGCUAGGGGCUGAAGUGUUCAGAGGUGUUUGGGGUGCGGGAGUGUUCUGAAAAUGGGAGAACAUAAUGGGUGCUUAUAACCAAAUGUUUGUUCAUUUUCUGUAUUGAGAGGUUUUAAUGACCCUCCUUUAACACUAAAGGAAUUCUAGGUAAACAGCAUUUUUGUGGUUUGUUUAGGAGACCUGAAUUUGAGUUCCCAUUUGAAGACUAAGGGAAUUUGCAGGGUUGGGGUUCUUGCUGGGUUGGGAAUGGGAAUGGGAAUAACUGGUAUUUGUAUCCCAAUUGUCACUGACUACUGACAUCAAGUUGCAGUUGUCUGCAUGACAGUCGUUGGGAAUUCCCCGUGAAUAAGUAAUCAAAAAUGAGACGUGUGUUUUGGUGGAUCAACUUUGGCUACUAUGGGAUGUUGCAAAAGGGUGUGUCGGGUUACCAAAACAGGCUUAAUUGGCUAAGUACAUUUGCAAAACAAGGUUGGUGAUGUGUUUUGGAAAAUUGCAGCACCCUAUAGUGGCAUGGUUUGAAUCCAGACUUUUAUUCUCUACUCUACAGCGGCCUGAUAUGCACGCAGAUAGCGUAUUAUUAAAAUUGACCAUAUGCUCUUAUUUUUGGGGAGGGAGAAGAAAAAAAAACAAAUACACUAUCUGUGUGGCUUUAGGUGAGAGAAUGGAAGUCAUGCAAGGUUUUGGCAGCUGCCUUGCAAUUUUUACUUUUGGGUAACUAUUUGCCCUGGAGAACACAGCAUAUCCCACAGGUGUUGGAAUGCAUGGUCACCUGUCUGGACUGCUGUGUGUUGGCGGGAUGUGCUGUGGACUUCAAGAUUUUCUCUGAAGAUUGAGCUGGGGUGCGUCUCACCAUAUCUAUUGGAAUCAUUAAAACUGUUCAUCCAAAAAUCUCAAGCUCAAUUUUCAGUUUUUUUUUUUUUUUUUUUUUUUUGGUUUGGGUGGGUUGGGAUAGGGAUUGCUGCCCUGAUGCAUCUUUACUUUUGUUCUAGCACAGGGAUGAGUGUGUACUUGAGGACUGUGAUGGUAACACCUUUGGUGUCUUUCAGUAACCGGAUUUCAUCUGACAAACUACCAUAUACAGUGGAUUGGGUUUAAUAAAACUGAAUUAGUUGGGAUAGAGCAAGGGAAACUGCUCCAGUCCUCCAGUCUGCUGAUCCUUGGUUACUGUCUGACUGUAAAGAAUGUAAAACAAAAGUAAAGAUGAAUUGGCUGGAUGGGUUGGGAGGGAUGGUUUAAUUGGGAAAACAAGCAAAAUUGUGAAGCCACAAAUUGGAGUAACAGGGGUUGGAAAGUUUGUUGUAAAAAUGCCCUGAAUAUUUUUCUUUUCUACUAUUUAAUGAAUUAAGUCUAAUUGACAACCAAAUACUUUUUUUUUUUUUUCUUUGUUUGUUUUUUUUUUGUUUGUUUGUUUUUUUUAAAUUGGCAAUUUUGUCAGUGAUGCUUGUUACAAAUUAAAAUGGAAUCUGCUUAAUUGGAAACUUUGUUUGAAUAAAGCUCACUGAAAUUCA